CUCCUGCCGAUCAUGCGCUUUUUCAAAAUCCGACGCUUACCUAUACACGGACAGUCACCUGCACUGCGAUUCCUCUCGAACGUCAUACUGCGGAGAAAUAACCCUCUACAGAGGAUGAUGGUGCCGGUGUACUUGGGAAAACCCAGAGCACGAUGACUGGCAGGUGCCUUAUCGCUACAGUAUGAUCACACUGCCCAGGUGCAGGUGGUAUGCAUACGAGACGGAGUAAGCAUCGCGCGAGGAGAAAGAUUCUCCGGGUAUUUUUGGAAAGUCCAUGUUUGCACCGUACCCGACAGGGAGGCAUGUACAGUACAAGCAUUUCGUCUCGCGGAGAUGUGACAGCGCAACACCCGCGGGAUUCGUCUUUUGGUCUCAAAUGGGUGCCAAUCGCCAAGCGAAAUUUCCGUCUCAUCAUCACACAGCCAAGACGGAUGUCUGCGUCCUUUUGCUGUUCAUCUGUCGAGUUGGGAGGGGAUCCGAUGGGACUCUCUCCAGGAGCACCGUUUCUCGGAUCGGGAGGGAGAGGGAGAGAGAGAGAUGAUGGUGAUGAUUUAUAUGCAGUCGAGAUGAUUAUUAUAGUCUUGGGAUGGGCGUACAGUAUGUUCGUUAUUUACACGAUAUGGCUGGCACACAUGUAUGAACAUCUGGCGCGAACGGAUGGCUCCAUGCCGCAUGGGAUCUUGAGCCCGGAAGAGAAGACCAAAUGCUGAGCUGAACGUGUGUUGUCGAUCAUCCUCCACUCGCCUGUCUUUAUUUUCUCCGGGAAACAUCCCUAGAGAGCGUGGGAUGGAUGGGGAGGAGGGCCGCGCUUGAUUCCCUCGAAACACGCCCGUGGCAUCUUGGCUCUCUCGGCGCUGUGUUGUACUAUUUCCAACGUCACCAUCAUCAGGCUGAAUACCUCAAAACGAUGAGCUCGCGCACUAUGUAUAUUUUCCUCUCAACAGCACGACGGCAUGGUAAUUAUUGUCGUCCGAUCAG